GACCGACUACAGACCGCUGCGUGACUACAGACCGCUGUGUGACUACAGACCGCUGCGUGACUACAGACUGACUACAGACCGCUGCGUGACUACAGACCGACUACAGACCGCUGUUUGACUACAGGCUGCUGUGUGACUACAGACCGCUGCGUGACUACAGACUACAGACCGACUACAGACCGCUGUGUGACUACAGACCGCUGUGUGACUACAGACCGCUGCGUGACUACAGACCGACUACAGACCGCUGCAUGCUGUGUGACUACAGACCGACUACAGACCGCUGUGUGACUACAGACCGCUGCGUGACUACAGACCGACUACAGACCGCUGCAUGCUGUGUGACUACAGACCGCUGCAUUACUACAACCGCUGCAUUACUACAGACCGACUACAGACCGCUGUUUGACUACAGGCUGCUGCGUGACUACAGGCUGCUGCGUGACUACAGGCUGCUGCGUGACUACAGGCUGCUGCGUGACUACAGGCUGCUGUGUGACUACAGGCUGCUGCGUGACUACAGGCUGCUGCGUGACUACAGGCUGCUGCGUGACUACAGGCUGCUGCAUGACCACAGACUGACUACAGACCGCUGUGUGACUACAAACCGCUGUGUGACUACAGACCGCUGUGUGACUACAAACCGCUGUGUGACUACAGACCACUGUGUGACUACAGACCGACUACAGACCGCUGCAUGCUGUGUGACUACAGACCGCUGCAUUACUACAAGCGCUGCAUUACUACAGACCGACUACAGACCGCUGUUUGACUACAGGCUGCUGUGUGACUACAGACCGCUGCGUGACUACAGGCUGCUGUGUGACUACAGACCGCUGCGUGACUACAGACCGACUACAAACCGCUGUGUGACUACAGACCGCUGCGUGACUACAGACCGUCUACAGACCGCUGCAUUACUACAACCGCUGCGUGACUACAGGCUGCUGUGUGACUACAGACCGCUGCGUGACUACAGACCGCUGCGUGACUACAGACCGACUACAGACCCCUGUGUGACUACAGACCGCUGUGUGACUACAGACCGCUGCAUGACUACAGACCGCUGCAUUACUACAGACCGCUGCGGCUCGGUUCAUUUGGUCCCGUCAGAGUGA